GAUCUGCAGGGUGAAGACAAUGGAAAGGUUCUUUUAUUACUGGCUUGCACAAGGAGUUAUGGUUGCAGUUUGCUUUGUUCAAUUAACUGUGUCAGACAUUCACCCUAGGACGACAUGUGAUUUCUAUCCAACACAUGGAGUAAUUCAGAAAUGGUAUUACGAAAGCUCUUUCCAUCAACCUACAAAUAAUAGCCAUGGAACAAAUAUCUUUGGUAGAAGAUCAUUUAGUCAUGUACGCCCCUGUCAAUAUACAGGAAGUUAUAAAAACUAUGGCGGUAAACAUUUGAUUCUGGUUUUCUGUCCAGAUUCUCCAGUUCCAGGUCGUAUAUUGGUAGAUAUAACUAGCGGCCAUUGUGCACCACACGAUUGUUGUCACUGUAAAAGCAAUCCUUGCAUGCAAGGAUCGUGUUCAAAUAAUGCUACUGGCUAUACGUGUACAUGUGAUGCAGAAUAUACUGGAAAUGAUUGUGAUAUACAUGUAUUGAUAGACAGAUGUGCAAAUGACCCCUGCGUUCAUGGUAUUUGUUCGAAUGGUAAAUGUGUUUGCUAUAUUGGCUAUAUUGGUACAACCUGCUCUCAACUUAUACAAACUACAACAGAAAGAAGUACACAGGCAUCACUAGCUUCAACACACAGAAGUACAAAAGUUUUACUAACUACAACACACAGAAGUACACUAGCUGUACUAACUACAUCAGAAGGAAGUACAAAUGGAAUUAUAACUUCACCAGCGAAAAUUUGCAUGGAUGAUCAAUUCUUUAACUGUCAGAAUCCAGAUAUAUGUAAAUCACAAUUUAGAGACAAUUGUCCAUUGAGUUGUGAAAUCUGUGUUCCAGAUCCAAUAAAAACCAAACCGUCUUGCGUUGACAACAUAUUCUUGAACUGCCAAGACCCCAGUAUUUGUUCGUUGAAAUUAAACCAAUACUGUCCUGUUACCUGUGGCCAUUGUGCAUCUACUACAUCUGAUAGAACAACACAGAGCACAGAAAGGGGGACAGUGCAACAUACUUGCAAUAAAAUUGGAUUACUCAUGGAUCUUGCUAUGGGACAAUCCUUACAUCAACAAAGCGCUAAAGGCUGCGGUGGCAAUUCAUCAGAUGCUGUAGUGAUCAAGCACUGUCAAGCACCUUCGUUCGCCAAAUGGCGAAAAGGAUUCGAGGUAAUAAGAAACUGUCAUCACAUUAACCAUUAUACACCUGUAGCUGAAUGGAACAACCUAGGUUUUACAGAUAACAUUGGGGUGAUGAUAUUUUGUCACAAUGGUGUAAUAGAGAUGAUUUCACAGACAUGUGGUGGCCAAAUAGUAAUGAGAAACGUCACAACCCCUGCAUCAAAUUCAUUCUAUACAGUUGAUUGGGCUUAA